AUGAGAAACAUUACUCGUGCAGCUGUUAACUUCAGAAAAACCCCUCUUGCUUGUGCAAUGAGAUUAGUUCUUGGAAUCUUAAUUGGUUCUCAGUGCUGUAUUUGCCAUAGGUAAGUUUUAAACGCGUUUUUAUGUCGCUAUUAAGUCGUUAAUUUUACGUCGCAAAAAUGUUAAAUCAAGGAGUGCUCAACGAAGAAGCAUCUCACGAGAAAUAACAAACAAAAUAAAAGUUCAUAAUUCCUACGCAAACAACGCCCAACGUUCACUCACAAAACUGAGCUGAAAAAAUACUCAUUUUCUCAUUUAAUCCGAGAAAAGUAGGAGUAUUUGAUUGCUUUAAGCCUUUGACUGUGUGUUCACGCUAAUUUAAGAUCAGUUUCUAAACUCAUAAAAAACUCAUUCUGGCCAUCCACAGAUACUGCUGUGAAAUUUUUGCAUGUGAAAUUGGAAUCUUGAGCUUUGGAAUCCGGACUACGGUUCAAGGAAUCCGAAAUCCUACAAAGACUGGAAUCAACAAAGUAUCUAAAGUAUAGUGUCUGGAAUCCUGAAUCCAUGGCGUGGAAUCUAAAAUCAAAGGCUGUCUUUGAUUUGCGUAUUAUGGACGAAAAAGCAAUCGUGCCAACAUAAUUAUUAGUGCUUGAGUGUGGUAGGUUUUAAGGACUUUCACAAACGCAUUACACUGAACCAAACUAUGGGUAACGUAAAGGGACACUGCAAAGAGGGUGGGUCUUGAAGAACACUCUCGAUCUCAACGACUGAGUCCACGGCCUUAAAUAAACUUAUUUAUCAUUGACGGUAAUCUUGUUGUCCUGUUGCAUUUCAACAGAUCAGAAAUUUUAGCAGAUCAGAAGUUAAGCGAGGGACUGCAAGAUCUUCUUCGUGGGUCUGAUCCUCGAAUUAGGCCAAACUACUCCGGUAUUGUUAGUCGGUUAUUAAACCUGUUUAUACUUUUUUCUUAUUUGUGUGUGGCUUAAUAAACAGUGAUAAUUUUCAGAGGAGGGGAGACUGUGACAAGUCGUGGUGGGGGCAAGGGAAUGGGAGAGGCUUUUUUAAAAGAGAAUUAAAAUUCUCUUUUUAGGGGAAGCUUAUGUCUUAGGGGAGUCAUUCAGAUAUAGAACCUUAAGCUAGAGAUGAGCAAGUUUGGAGUGUCUUUGUAAUAGACAUAAAUAUUUCUUUGCUAAUUAGGAGUCAAGAGGAGACUCAAGUUAGAAGGCUUAUGGGUAAAAGCUGAGUUUCUUUACAUCAAUUUGUUUAUUGGCCUCUUGAUUGAUUAAUGUCAAGUUAAGCUGGCUGGCCAAGACUGGUCAGCUGGUGCGAUUUUUUUAUAAAUCCGGCUAGAUAAAAAAAAAAUAUGAAAAAUAACAGUUUAAUGAAUAAAAGAUAUUUGUAUAUGCUAAAACAGCGGAUAGCGUUUUUCGCGCGCUCUGGUUGGCUGCUCAAACUCGGAAAGUCCAGUGCUAUUCACCUCAGAGCGAAGCCAAACUCGCGUAAGUUACUAGCAGAAUGGCUUACCGAUUUGCUACUGUACCAAACGAAGAAAUUUCACGAAUAAACCAAGAAGCUGUUCCCAACAACAAUGUGCGCUUUGGAUAGCCAUAAAACUGAUAUUUAUAAAACAUAUCAGUCACUUAGAAUGUGAAUGUGCAUGCUACAGCUGGCCCCCUUUUGAACAUAACAAAAUUUAAGUCUACAUUACUCUACAAAGUCUAUUGUAAUACGUAAAAUUUAUUUCGAUCAUUUUCAUUUUUCUUUUUUUUUUCUUUCUGAAGGAAAUCCAGUUGAAAUCCUAGUUGGUAUUUCGGUGGCAUCGUUUUCCAGCAUCAAGGAAGUGGAUAUGGUAAUACAUUUUAAACACUUCGGGCUGAACCCCAAUUUUCUUUAAUUUUAUGGUUAUGAGGCUUAUUCACGAAUAAGCAUAUCAAUUCUAAUUUCAUGCUAUAUGUAUCAUAGCAAUUCCAACAAAGCUGAUGGUUCGAGCCGGGUAAUAUUAUCAAUUAAGCCUGUUACAUCAGUGUAUUUUUAAAUACUUUUUUAGGAAUUCGGACUGGACAUGUUUUUUCGGCAGCACUGGAAAGACCAAAGACUUUUCCAUAACUUGACUUCCAAGAUAACUCUUACCAUGGGAACUAAACACCCUGCGGAUUAUAUCUGGGUCCCAGACACGGUGUUUGUAGACGCCACCAAGUCAUACAUGCAUAAUGUGCUGACAACCAGUCACAAGAUCGAUAUCUCAGCCGACGGUCAGGUAGACUGGGGAACAAGGUUGGUGUGUGAAAUUUAUUAGACCUUUAUCUAAGGUGAGGUCUAAGUAGUGCGCGCUCGUGAACCAGCGUCAUUUUGGAGGGAAAACGUAAUAGCCGUAGUCAUUCCACUACAGGUUUAAGCGAGAAUGUCUUAGUGGCGGAAACAAGUUUAUUUUGCGAUCAGAAGAGGGCUUUUCUCGACUUUCUCACAGCCAUCUGGCCAUAAAAUCCUUCUGAUGGCCCUUUUGGGUUUUUACAGAACGAAAUGACAGAUUUCUCUACCCUUUUAUAUUAUUCAACUAAAAUUCCUACCCUUUCCGGGGGCCUCCCCUUAGAGGCCAUUCUAGGGGUUCCCCCCCCCCCCCCGGGGGCUUAUGUUUUAUGUCUUGUGUAUAGAUGUAACUUGAAAUGACUGAACGCGGGGUGUCUGCGUGAAGAAAAUCUAUACUAACUACAAUAACCCUUUGUUAAAGAUUAGCGUUCACACUCGGGUACUUAUAUAAUAAUAACUUGAGAUUAAAGAAGCAGGCUACCGUGGUUUUAACAUAAUCACAAGUACUUGUGCGCAUUAGAUCAUAUAUUUGAAUGCUAUUUUACGCCUAAUAGAUAAUAAAUUUUUAUUAUAUUACUAAGGCAGUGUUUAAUUUACAUCACAGAGCAACUGUUCAAGCGAAGUGUCACAUGGAUUUUCGUACUUUUCCUUUAGAUGAACAAAAAUGUACACUCAACAUUCUUAGCUGUAAGUAACAAAACUAACCGCACAUUUUGUUGUUUCAUUUUCUUCCUUUCGUUAACAUUUUACAGGCAGCUUGCUUGUUUUUGAGGGAAGUACAGUGGAACCUGGUAAAUACGGACACCAAAGGGACAUGACAUGGUGUCCGUAUUAUCCCAGUGUCCAGAUUAAGUGGGCUGUCAGAAAAUUCGUCACGGGCAUGCACUUGAUUUAUUGAAGACUAAAGAAGGCAAAGAAAGGAAGAGUAAGAACAAUGACUGCAGCAAAAAGCUAAGGAAGUGAAAAUUGAGUAGCAGGAGGCGGAUAACUUCAAUAAAGGCUGACACUACCAAAUGGUCAAACACAUUAAGAAAGACGGGCGGACUCAUCAAAAUCAAACAAAUGUAAAAAGAAAAUCUGUCAAUAUUUAUACAGGGUACAAUGUCUACAAUUAGCACAUGAUUGUGACAAAAUAGACAGUCAAGGGCAGCAAGCUCAUCAUUUGCCGUUUCUGUUAGGUUCUUUGCAAAGAUAUUCAAUCAUAUAGAAAGUGCUUUGAAAAACAGUAUCCGCAAACCGGGGCGGGGUUGACGAUAUAUGGGAGUUUGUGAUUCGGGACACAAGAAAUUGUCUGUUGUCCGUAUUAACCGAUGUCCGAAUUAAGCAUGUAAAUUUUAGAGAAAAAAUAUAAGCUUUUCGUCUAAAUAAACGAAACUUUUUAUUAUAUACAGGUAGUCGUCUUAAGUGGUAAGCGGGUGGCCGUAGACUAUGGCUCCGCUGUCUGUUGGGUACAUCACCUUGCGCUAUCGAUGACGCUUACCUCAAGGGUGUUGACUAGAAAAAAUAUUUCAAAAAAACAUAACGAAGGCAGCCUCGUUGUUGUUAAGGUAACUUAAACGUGUUUCUUUUUAGACGCAUACCCCACCCAACAUCUGAUUUACAACUGGAAGACACCAUCGGUCAUGGUACUAGACAAAGAAAUGGCGCAGUUUUUCAUGAAGGAUAUGACCACUGUUGUACAAAGAGUCCAGUAUGUCGCAGGUGAGUAGAAGUUUCUACAUUAUAACAAUAAUAAAAUAUCAAAGAUAAUAAUAAUAAAUUAAUUAAUUAAUUAAUCAAUAUGAUACUUUAAUUAUCUUCUCUCCUUGUGGGGAUUUUCAGAGAUAAUCAACAAAUAAUCAAAUAAUUUCAAAGAAACAACAUGAUUAGAAUCCCAACUGGUAGAAGACUGACACCGAAACUGGUUAAGACGGACACCGACGGCGCAUGCAAUAGUGUCCGUAUUAACCGGGUGUCCGUAUUGAGCAGGUUAAUUUUAGUGAAAAUGUUAUGACCUUCUUUUUCGCUGGGACAAACAAAACUUUCCGUUAUAUACCAGUGUCUGCAUUAAGCUGGUGUCCGAAGACACAUGGUAGAAAGGGGUUCUACUGUACCGAGAACAAAUCUAGCUACUGGUCAAAGCGGGACUUGAACUCGGGACCUCCGACUACAAGUCCAGCCCUCCGAACCGCUCGGCCAGGCUGCCUCUGAUUACAUCGAUCAGUUCUCUUUUGACUAACCUUAAUUUCAUUUUCCUAUCUCCUAGGAGAGUAUUCAGUUCUACAAGCGACAUUCACAUUUAAACGGAGAAUGGGUUUUUACCUGAUUCAAAUCUAUAUUCUUUGUUCUCUGCACCAUGCUCGAAUAUAUUGGCCUUAUACACCAAGGAAGAGCAAAGGUAUUAGUUGUUUUGUGAAUAAGUGUAUAGCUGACUUUGAGAACGUACAGCCGUGUAGGGAUCCACAACGGAGAUUCACAAUCAUGCGCAACCUCCUUCCCAACAUUCUUCUCGCCCAUCUCAUUUUCUGGGGGAAAGACGUAGAAAUUAGUAAUCAGAAGUGUUUUCUGGACCCAAUUCCAUUUACAUCCUUUCGCUAUUUGAUCAAUGCCAAAUACAACCCUAAGAAUCAUAUUGAAGGGGUUGCCGGCUUUUCUUAACAUGAUGAUUCCACGGUUGCAGUGCUCUUGCGCACACGUAAGAUACAGCCGGCCUUAACGAGUAACUUGCAAGACUUGCCGUACGUGAAUUCCUCCCUGGCAAGUUGCAUCGCAUGCUACUGAACCCUUACAAAUAAGGACAGUCAUAUCACCAGUGGACAAGCAAGUCGUCAUAAGAUCUCUGUUCUACCAACUACGCUUCCUUUGACUGUUAGUAUUUGCGACUGACCAGAAGAAUACGUGUAACUGGAAUUAGCUCUAUAAUUGAAUUUCUUUAGUAAGGACUUAUAUUUAAUCAUGGACCCGAUCAACUUCUAGUAACCACCCUAAAAAGACUGAAAGGCUAAAGUUUAUGUACGCUGCAUAAAUUAACAUUAACUGAAUUAUUAGAUGCAAGAGUCUUGGGAGCAAAUUUACUUUCCUUAAGACGCACGAAAAAGUUACUGGUUUAAUCAAAGUCGAAAUUGUUUUACCUUUUUAGACUAAAAUAUUUCUUCCCAAAUAGAAUAUUUCUAGUCUUGUCACAUUAGAAGAAAACAUUUUUCUACAAAAAUUCCUAGUCGACCUGGGCCCUAAUAACCACUCGUAAAAGUUGUAGUACUCGAAUCGUAACUUCCACGACUUGUAUUUCGGUUGUGAGAGGACCCGGGGGGGGGGGAGGUUACUCUAUACAUUUUUAAACGGGGAGGCUCUACCCCUCACACCCCUUACCCUUCUUUAAUAUACCAUGAGAAAAGGUACCCCUUUCGAGUACCUUCUAUCCACAUUGUACCUUUUUCACAUACCUAGCUUAGAACUUGGCUUCCCUUGUAACUGUAGCCUGUAAUUUAAAAACACUCGUGAAGACAAAACCACAGUUGCAACAAACCAGUGAGCGGUCAGUCGAAUCUUUAGUAGACCUGGCUCAGUAAAAGCAAUUCAAUGCCUAAUUAUAAAUUAAAACAGUAACCUGAUCCUUUCAGAGGGAAGCUAAGAGAGAGAGAAAUAAAGUGCAUUUUUUGUAAUUUACCCGCAAUCGCUUCUUCGGUAACCAGAACGUUUUCUUGAACUGUUCAAAGCCAUAAAAUACAUCGGGUAGCCCAUCUGGGCCCUUUUACAGACCGAAAUGACAGAUUCUUUAACCCUUUGAUAUACCUUAAGCCCUGAAAAAAAGGUACCUUUUUCGAGUAGAACCUCCCUGUACAGGCCAUUAUAGGAAACACUCCCCCCCCCCCCCCCCCCCCCNNGGGUAUUGGAGAACCUGUAUAAUUUCGUGAAAAAUCACUGGCUGUAUUCAGAUAUCGACUCAAGCUACAGAUUUUGGGCAUCUGUCAGUCACAGGACUGUAGGAAACUAUUGAUAUUAAAAUUUACCUUUAUUUAAUUUGUAUUUGUUUUGUUUCCCAAAGAAAGGCAUAUGGCGGAUCAAAGCACCAUUCUUGAGGAAUGCCGAACUCCGCGCUUUAUCGUUAACAAGUGAUGACAGCAGUUUCUAUAGAGGAGGAUUGUAUUCUCUUGAAGAAGGAAAAAAGGAGCAAAUCGAAUUGAAUGACGUAAGAAAGAACGAAGGAUCUUCAGCGAAAGAGAAGGAUGAGCUCGAAUCGACGUCUGUUGACUUUGCGGCAAGGAUUGCAUUCAUUAUUGCCUUCGCAUUGUUUAAUUUCUUUUAUUGGUUUAUUUUAAUUUAUGUCGCAUAAGUAAUCUAUUAAAGUAACUCUAGAACCCAAUAUUAUGUAUAGCUAAAAUGAAGUCAAGUGGUAGCAAGUCUACAUUGUUUACUGAAAACUGUAAACGUCAAUUAAACUAAUAAAGAACGUAAUCCAUUUACUUCUUACCUAGCUAAAAGUUUAUGGUGACUUAAAAACCUUCGGGUUCUUUCUUUUAAUUUCUAAGCGUUUUUUUGGUACACUGACUCUCGCGAUUUCAGUUGAUUUGUUGUGGAAAGUAGAAUUCUUGUCAUUCAAACAACACUGGGAGAAAUACCGUAUUUAUUCGAUUAACCGCCCUGGGGGCUUAUUAAAUUUUUGGACCUUGAGAGUGGGCGCUUAUUCGAGGCUGGGUGCUUAUUAAAUUUUCAACAUUUUCAACAACUGUAGUAUGUUUACUUUGCAACAAAACAAUAAAUAGUAAAAACAAAAAGCGAAGAUGUAACAAACCAAGGUUUCUGAAAAAUACUCUGAAGAAAACUCCGUCUUCGGGGAGGUCUCUUAAUGGUACUUAUUCAAUGUUUGGGGGGUGUGAGGGCAAAGGCGAUGGGGUGGGGUGGGCGCUAAUUCGAGGCAGGGCCCUUAUUCAAAUAAAUAAGGUAACUAGUAGGGGCUGAUUAAGAGCCCGGCUGGGUUGCUUUUCCGAGGUGACAUGAGUGAAGCCAACCAGGAACCACGCCAUCCCGUUUCCAGAGUCCACGGACUCUGGGACUAUGGGAACGAGAUUGGGAUCCUCAAUGUUUAAAGAGAGAUUGGAAGCAGUGCGCAUGAGCUGUGUGUUACCCGCUGUAAGGUUGUUGGUUUGGUUUUCCAGGGUUGCGAGAGUGAUCAUAUGAAAAAUUUCCAGCCCGGUUAUCCGAGUUCCUCGUCAUCACACAUUCACCAUACCGUGUUCCUGUCUAACCGGGCUGGCUUAGUUGUAAUGUAAACAAGAAGCCGAUUUUUCAGUGUUGCCUUAAAGUAACAUGCCGACUCCUUGACAAAUCGAACAAACCGCGCCGCUACCGACAGGGCCUGCCCAACAGACGGAUCUAAACUCUGGUUAAUUCCGUCUGCGAAAUAGUGCCAAAAUCCUCGUUCUGGGCUCCACUUGUGUACCAGGAUUUGAGUACGUGCCGACCACGAUUGACUCCUUAAAAUGCCAUUGUAAAUUUGCCUAUCAGGAUGAAAGAACUAAAUUCGAAACGAGUCCUUUCGGGACCCAGAACAACAGUAUGGGCGCUGCUUCGUGGCUUCCAGUUUAGGUCCUCUUAA